GCGAUAGAGGACCCAAAGGAUCCGACCCGUCUCGCGCUGGGAGGACCCAAAGGAUCCGACCCGUCUCGUGAUAGAGGACCCAAAGGAUCCGACCCGUCUCGUGAUAGAGGACCGAACGAUCCGACCCGUCUCGCGCUGGGAGGACCCAAAGGAUCCGACCCGUCUCGUGAUAGAGGACCCAAAGGAUCCGACCCGUCUCGUGAUAGAGGACCCAAAGGAUCCGACCCGUCUCGCGCUGGGAGGACCCAAAGGAUCCGACCCGUCUCGCGCUGGGAGGACCCAAAGGAUCCGACCCGUCUCGCGAUGGGAGGACCCAAAGGAUCCGACCUGUCUCUCUCCCGUCUGGUUGGAGAAGGUUGUUGACCUGUUGCUUCCUCUUUGCAGACGUCCGGCCCAGAAGAGGUUGCAGCGCCGGAGCUGACUGAUGUGGAGGCCAAUGAGCAGCCGGUUGAGAGCGAGGCCCCGCCCACUGCAGAAAAGUAUUGUGCAGAUUUAUGCCAAUGGGAAGAGUGGUUCAUGUGGAUGUCAAAAGACCCUGAUUCUGAGAAUCCAAACGAGGAGGAAAAGGAGACAUCUGAGAGGUCAGAGGCCGUUGAUCUCACAUCCUCUCUGGAGGCUGAAGACCAGACGACCCCCCCGGAGCCCCCCAAUGACUCUGAAAUGGUGACGGCCUCCGGAGACCCUGAAGUCUCCAUCGUCCUCAACAUCGAGGACACCGACCCGACCCAGCCACGAUCCAGCCAGCCGCCCCCCGAGGAAGACCUUUCCAAAACCCCCUCGAAGAAGAAGAAGAAAAAGAAGAGCAAAGAGGAGGCGGAGGCACCGAGCACCGACUCGUCCACCGUAGACGCACCCAGCGACGCUCCUCUCGCCGCCAAGACCGCCAAAAAGAUGAAGAGAGACAAACGGAGGGCCGAGGGGAAGCAGACGGAAGAAAAGGAGGAGGCAGAUCAGACGAUAGAGGAGGCGGAUGCCUCUUUGGCCACUUCACCGGAGGAGGAGAAGAAGAAGAAGAAGAAGGCUAAGAAAAGGAAGAUGGAGCAAGAGGUAGCGGAGGAGAAGGAAGAGGUCACGCCUUCAGAGAAGAAAAUCAAAAAGAAGAAGAAGAAGGUAACAGAAGAGAAGAGCGAGGCCGUAGAAGUGGAGUGCAGCUUGUCCUCGAGUCCAGCCAAGACAAAGAAGAAGAAACCGUCUAAGGAAACACCAGCAGGGGGCAACACAGACACAGACAAGGAUCAGGAGUCCACAGGUAAUGCAAGCUCAUCGACUAAGAAUCGCCGUUUCAGGAAGAAACACAGCCUCGUGAAAAGGUUGCAACACCGUAGAAAAAAGAUAAUGAAGAUGAGACAAAAGGCGACCGCGGAGGAGACGCCCCAAGGUGACCCCGCCCAGAAGAGCGACGACACACCAAAGAAGAAGAAGAAGAUGAUUAAAAUGAACGGAGAGCAAGAAGAGAAUUCCUCAAAGGAAAACCAACCGCCGAAGAAGAAAAAGAAGAAGCAAACAGAGGAGGAGGAGGAAAAGGAGGAGAGCUCCGGACCUCCUGAGACGGCAUCGACUCCACUUCCAAAGGAAGGCAAGAAGAAGAAGAAGAUGAUGAUCAUGGCUGAAGAAGGCGAGGAGACGACUGACAGCCCCAUGCCCGUCACUUCUGCAAAGAAAAAGAAGAGGAACCGGUCGGAGGAGACGGAACCGGCUGCAGAGGAACAAACUCCUCCCGCUGCGAAGAAAAAGAAAACCCCCAAAAAGAUAAAAAUCGCCUCAGACGAUCUCUGAGCAAAUCUCGGAUUCCUCUGACCCGUCGCUGCUGGACCUGAAAACCCCGAAACAAGACAAUCUCCUUCAUGUUUGUGCCUUUACACCUGAAAUAAUAACUGUUCUCAUAAAAGUAUAUUCCUAAAGGACACAAUGUUUACGGUCCCGUUUCACUGUCGUCUCCUUUUUAAAGCUUCCUCUGCGUUUUUAUCUCGAAGCAGAGCUGCUGCGGUGGGAAGAAGAUGCAUUUCGAGCUUCCUCGUAUUGCCAAAGUCAUUUUUGAGGCCCGUACUGAUCAAUUUCAAUAUAAUACAUUUCUGGAUGCAUUUAGCGGUGACUUAUUUAGCGGCAUCCGUUUGCGGUUGCUAUGGAAACGUGGAGCAGCUUGGUAUUUGGGGCUGCAAAGACAUUUUCAAUCAAAGGUUAUUCAGGGUUGGAUGUUCCGCCCUUCAGGGAUUGCUGCUACGCUGCAGCAUUUAAUAAAACAAAUGCCAUCUGCAUCCCAUGCAAACUAAGCGGUGACGAACGGAAGCGCUGAAUAUCUUACUGUCGUUAAAGGUGUCCUCCGUUUAGGAUGUGCGUUAAGGGAAAAGCUGUGAAACAGACAAGGUCUUUGAAUCAUCUUCUGUUGGUUUAUAAAUGGAUAGUUCAUGUAUUUGUAGUGAAGAGGCGAAAAAGUAUGUUUCGUCUCGAGGGAGAAACUCGUGUUUUUACUUUUUUAGUAAGCUGUGAAAUGUUUGUUUUCACACUGUUUCCUUAAAACCAUUAACUAUGCAUCUGUUAAAGGCUCUGGGAUGAAAUACUUACUUAUCUGUUCUGAGAACUAACACGUGUGAGACAAUAAAAACUCCCAAACGCUUUAA